AUGAAACAAUUAAUCUUUUUUGCAUUACUUUGCAUUUCAACUCAUGCUGCAAUUCAUAUUUUAACUGAAAAAGAGGACCACGCUACUCUUCACAUUUCUUUUAAUGAUUUAAUAAAAAUUCAACUUAGAACAAAUCCAUCAACAGGAUAUGCUUGGAAUAUCAAUUACCCAACUGACACUUUUUCGUUAAGCCAAGACACAAUCAAAGCAGAACCUCAUCCUUCUGGGAUGGUAGGUUUCCCAAGUAUUCGAGAAAUUCAAUUAAAACCAUUAAAAGUUGGAACAACAACUAUCAAAUUAGGUUAUUCAAGACCAUGGGAAAAAGGAAAAGAACCAUUAAGAAGUCUUACUUAUACUGUUGUAAUAAGAUGA